AUGUCUCCAACGCAACCAAAGAUAGCAAUCAUCGGUGGAGGUCCCGCUGGACUUACCCUCGGUGCCUUGCUGCACCAGCGCAACAUCCCUUUCACUAUUUACGAACUUCGGCCGCGUCCAACAGAGGAAGAGCUCGCUGAGCCAUCAGGGAUGCUCGACCUGCAUGAGGAAUCAGGUCUCGCAGCUAUCCGCGCAUGCGGACUUUACGAGAAAUUCCUGCCUCUCACAGGAGACUGCGAGGAGUCGAUGAUAGUUGCAGACAAGCAUGGCAACAUCUUACACUCGGACGACGGCGGAGCAGCCGAUCGGCCGGAGAUCUCCAGGCACAACAUUAUGAAGCUGUUCCUGUCCAAGAUCCCAGAGAACUCGAUCAAGUACGGCACCAAACUAGUCUCGGCAGAGCGGGAUCCCACGACCGGAGAAGUGACUCUGAGGCUCAGCCCGUCGUCAGACGCCGGCACCACUGUAUCUGAGACCUAUGACCUCGUCAUCGGGGCAGACGGAGCGUGGUCCAAGAUCCGACCCAUUCUCAGCGACGUGAAACCACAGUCGAGCGGGCUGCAGUACGUCACCCUGCUCGUCAGGGACAUCACGACGCGCUACCCGCACCUGGCAUCCCUGGUGGGUAAGGGCUCCUUCCUAGCUCUCGGCAACAAGCACGGCCUGGACAGUCACCGCGCAGCACAGGGCUCAGCGCAGAUCUACGUGAUGACGAACGCGCUCGGCGGCGACGAGGGUGCAAUGACCGAGUCGCUCUCGCGGCUCUCCGCCCCGGAGCUGAAAGCACACUUGCUCAGCGACGAAAGCAGCUACGGGGACUGGGACCCGGUGCUGAAAGAGCUCAUCGCGGCAGCCUUCGACGAGCACGAGUCUGAGGCUCCCAUCCAGGUCAAGCCCCUGUCCAUGCUGCCGGUCGGCCACAGGUGGGAGGCCAAGCCCGGCGCCACGCUCAUCGGGGACGCGGCGCACCUGAUGACGCCGUUCGCGGGCGAGGGCGUCAACCUGGCCAUGUGGGACGCGCUAGACCUCGCCGCGGCUGUGUCUCAGGCGUGGGCUGCGCGCGGGGAGGACGGGCGGGAGUUCGGGCCCGCUCUGGCCCCGCUGCUGAGGGAGUUCGAGGAGGGCAUGUUUGCGCGCGCGCAGGAGAAGGCCGAGGAGUCGUGGCGGAACCGCGAGAUGAUGUUUGCCGAGGACGGGGCGCAGGCGCUGGCGGAUCUGAUGAAGAGCUUCUUUGGGGCUGGGCCGCCUCAGUGA